AAUCGCCACUGACCCAAGCGUUUGGCUGCGUUCUCUUAAACCCAAUCCUUUUUAUUCUCUUCUGUUUUGUUGUUUUCACCAGCUUCCCACUGCAGCGAAAGCCUGCUUCCUGGUGGCUCUCUUCCGCCAUGAGCGUUUGAAUCCUCUUCUCACAAUGCCCACGCUUUCUAGCCCUCCAUUUCACAGAAAUCUCCGCUCCAUAUUCCUGAUGUGCAGCUCUCGCCAUCUUCUGGAGCUCUUAUCCGGCGCCUCGAUAACCACCACCGCCUCCUACUACCGACUAAUCCAUCUUCACGCUUAUCCCGUCCUCUCUUCAAACCCAAGAAGAAACACCGCAAGACUUGUUUCGUUCUCUAUAAAAUCCCGCGGAUUUCGUUCUUAUACCCCUCUUUCAUCCUCCGGAGCUGUUCGUCUGGAGCCAAGAGAAGGUGAAGCGGUUAGAGCUGAGAGACUCGAAAAACUGCAAGAGAAGUUGGCUGAAAUAGGAAUUCAGUGCUAUCCCUUUAAAACGGGACAGUAUAUGCACGCUAUAUGCCCGCAGUGUGACGGAGGAGAUUCAAAAGAAAGAAGUUUCUCUCUUUUUAUUCGAGAAGAUGGAAAACUUGCCAUGUGGUCAUGCUUCAGAGUUGAUCAAUGUGGUUGGAGGGGCCGUAUUGAGGCUUCUGAGAGUGGAGUGGGUUUUAGUGUCAAUCAAAAUGGUGUUUCUACUCUGCCCUUCCAAGAAAAGACACAUAAAACAAUCACAGAAAAGGAUCUUCACUUAGAGCCUUUGUGCCCGGAGCUUAUUGCAUACUUCAAUGGAAGAAGCAUAUCAGCUGAAACCCUGCGAAGAAAUGCUGUCAUGCAGCGUAGAAUUGGUAACGAGAUUGUUAUUGCUUUUACUUACAGACGAACUGGAAAACUGGUUAGCUGCAAGUAUCGUAAUAUUGAGAAAAAGUUUUGGCAGGAGAAAGACACUGAAAAAAUAUUUUAUGGACUUGAUGAUAUAGUAGCUGGAAGUGAUAUCAUUAUUGUUGAAGGUGAAGUAGAUAAGCUUUCUAUGGAAGAGGCUGGCUACCGGAACUGUGUAAGUGUUCCAAAUGGCGCCAUAUCAAAAGUUUCUGAGAAAAUGCCCUCUGAAGAUAAGGACAAAGGUUUUCAAUACUUGUGGACCUGCAAGGAAUAUCUCAGUAAGGCACCUCGCAUAAUAUUAGCAACUGAUGGAGACACUCCUGGACAAGCACUAGCUGAAGAACUAGCGCGACGUCUUGGUAAAGAAAGAUGCUGGAGAGUCAAGUGGCCAAUGAAAAGUAGUACUGAGGUUUGCAAGGAUGCAAAUGAGGUGCUGAGCAUUUUGGGAAAAAAUGCACUGAAGGAAGUUAUAGAGACAGCUGAAUUGUUUCCCAUAAGGGGUCUAUUUAACUUCAACAAUUUCUUCACUGAGAUCAAUGAUUAUUAUAAUUGUAAUCAAGGGUUUGAAAUGGGUGUCUCAACAGGAUGGAGAGCAUUGAAUGAUUUAUACAAUGUUGUUCCUGGAGAGUUGACUGUCAUAACAGGUGUUCCUAAUUCUGGUAAGAGUGAGUGGAUUGACGCCUUGAUGUGCAAUAUCAAUGAAAAUUAUGGUUGGACUUUUGCUCUUUGCUCUAUGGAAAACAAAGUUCAGGAGCAUGCUAGAAAGCUUUUGGAAAAGCAUAUUAAGAAGCCAUUCUUCAAUAUUAGAUAUGGGGAAUCUGUUGAGCGAAUGAGCCCUGAAGAGUUAGAAGAAGGGAAAAAAUGGCUUAGUGAUACGUUUCACCUUAUUCGCUGUGAUGAUGAUGCUAUUCCAUCUGUUAGUUGGGUUCUAACAUUGGCUAAAGCUGCAGUUCUAAGAUAUGGGGUACGUGGGCUUGUUAUUGACCCAUAUAAUGAACUGGAUCACCAACGUCCUGUUCAUCAGACAGAAACGGAGUAUGUCAGUCAGAUGCUUACUAAAAUCAAACGUUUUGCACAGCACCAUGCAUGCCAUGUGUGGUUUGUCGCACAUCCAAGACAAUUACAAAACUGGGGAGGCAACCCGCCAAAUUUGUAUGAUAUAAGUGGUAGUGCGCAUUUCAUAAACAAAUGUGACAAUGGCAUUAUUGUUCAUCGCCGUCGAGAUGAAAAUGGACCCGUUGAUGGUGUUCAGAUUUUUGUAAGAAAGGUGCGGAACAAAGUUAUUGGACGCAUUGGAGAUGCACAAUUAUUAUAUGACAGGGUUACUGGACGGUUUCAUGACAUCCAGUGAUGUUCCAUAGCAACAAUCAUUGAACGUGCCAAAAAAUAGAAGCUAUUCCACAUACAAAGCCACAACAAAGCAAUGGAAGUGUUUUCAGACUGUUUUUGUUCGGGACGGCUUUAUUACUGCUUCGUAAAGCAGCUUUCUAGUAUAAAAAUUAAAUUUUUUAUGUUAAAAAGUUGCUUUAAGAAGCAGAAAGAAAGUCAUCCAAAAUGAAGCCUGAAAUGGCACCUCUGCAAAAUGCUCAUCCGAAUUUUCUCAGGAUUUAGGUAUUCAGUUCUUUAAUCCAUUUGUACUUGUAGUUGGCUUGCUGAUUUUACACGCUGUUGGGACUGUCCUGGUUUAUGUGUAUAUGCAAUUGAUAUGUAGCAUCAUAUGUUGCUUUGUUUGAGUCGAUACUGAUGCAUUGUAUCAGCUUUACUUCAAUUCUAAGAGGAGUAUUAGUUAGCUUGAAGCUCAA